AUGUUUGGCAUCCACGACAGCAUCCAGAGGAGUGGGAGUAGUAUGAAAGAAGAGCCCAUGGUGGCCGGGAUGAACGCGGUUCGGACAUGGAUGCAGGGCGCCGGAGUGCUGGACGCCAACACAGCCGCCCAGAGCGGAGUGGGUCUCGCUCGGGCACACUUCGAGAAGCAGCCGCCCUCCAACCUUCGCAAGUCCAACUUCUUCCACUUCGUCUUGGCUUUAUACGACAGACAGGGUCAGCCGGUGGAAAUAGAGAGAACCACCUUCGUCGACUUUGUAGAGAAGGAAAAGGAAACGACGGGGGAAAAGACCAACAAUGGGAUCCAUUAUAGACUCCAGCUCCUCUAUAGUAACGGGAUCAGAACAGAGCAGGACUUGUAUGUCCGUCUCAUUGACUCCAUGACUAAACAGGCAAUUGUCUAUGAGGGCCAAGAUAAAAAUCCAGAGAUGUGUCGGGUCCUGCUGACCCAUGAGAUCAUGUGCAGUCGAUGCUGUGAUAAGAAGAGUUGUGGCAACAGGAAUGAGACCCCAUCAGACCCUGUCAUCAUCGACAGGUUCUUCCUCAAGUUCUUCCUGAAGUGUAACCAAAACUGCCUGAAGAAUGCAGGGAACCCUCGAGACAUGAGGCGUUUUCAGGUGGUUGUGUCCACUACGGUGAGUGUGGAGGGUCAUGUCCUGGCUGUGUCAGACAACAUGUUCGUGCACAACAACUCCAAACACGGGCGCAGAGCUCGGAGACUGGAUCCUUCAGAAGGCACACCUUCCUACCUGGAACAUGCAACCCCCAGCAUUAAAGCCAUCAGCCCUAGUGAAGGAUGGACCACAGGGGGCGCUACAGUCAUCAUCAUUGGAGACAACUUCUUUGACGGCUUACAGGUCAUCUUUGGAACCAUGUUGGUUUGGAGUGAGUUGAUCACUCCCCAUGCCAUACGAGUGCAAACUCCACCCAGACACAUCCCCGGGGUGGUGGAGGUCACGCUGUCCUACAAAUCCAAACAGUUCUGCAAAGGCACACCUGGACGCUUCAUCUACACAGCGCUGAAUGAGCCAACUAUAGACUACGGCUUCCAGAGGUUACAGAAGGUCAUCCCCAGACACCCCGGAGACCAAGAGAGAUUACCUAAGGAGGUGAUUUUAAAGAGAGCAGCAGACCUGGUAGAAGCCUUGUACGGGAUGCCUCACAAUAACCAGGAGAUGAUUCUCAAACGAGCGGCAGAUAUCGCAGAGGCCCUGUACACAACAGUGCCACGAGGGCACAAUCAGCUAGCCAGUCUUGGCAGCGGCUCCGUCCAUGCUGGCAUGAUGGCAGUAAACUCCUUCACGGGGUCAGAGGUGGCACAAACAGCCAAUCAGGGUUUCAGUAGGAGUACAAGCAGUGUGUCCCCUCAUGGUUAUGUCCCCAGCUCCACUCCCCAGCAGAGUAGCUACAGCUCUGUCUCCACUAGCAUGAAUGGCUACGCUAACUCUGGCAUGGCAACCUUGGGCACCUCGCCCAACUUCCUCAAUGGAUCUGCAGGCAACUCGCCCUAUGCUAUCGUCCCGUCCAGUCCCACCAUGGCCUCGUCGACCAGCCUGCCGUCCAACUGCAGCAGCUCCUCCGGCAUCUUCUCCUUCUCUCCAGCCAACAUGGUUUCCGCCGCAGUCAAGCAGAAGAGCGCCUUCGCUCCUGUCGUGAGACCCCAGAACUCCCCUCCGCCCACGUGCACCAGCGCUAACGCUAACAGCCUGCAAGAUCAGUCUUUUGUGGACUCUAGCAAGUACUCAUCAGCCAGCUCUCUGCAGGGCCUGGCCUUCUCCUGAACAGCGAUUCCCGGGAUGAUCGUUCCACCCAUGUAGAGGAUCUGGGAUAGCUGGAGAUUUGGGAAUGUUGAGAGGAAAAGACACAGUAGCGGAGUCUGGCGAGUCUCUGUUAUGCUCCGGAGCUGAACUGAAGGAAGUCACGAUAAGACGCAGGACUCUGUUAAACUCAGGCCUUUCCAUUGGGAUUUCAUCUGAAGGGAUAAGGGAGGAGAAAACUGUACAACACAAAACCUUUGUGAUGUUAUUUCCCUCUUGCUUGAAUUAGUGUAGCUUGUCUGACACCGCGUUGGAUGGAGUGUAUAAAGACUGAUAGUUUGCCCACAGUGUGACACUGACCUCAUGAAAAGAGCAUUUAUUUAUCUUUAUGUUUAUGCCUGUAAGGUUUGGGUUUGAUUACUGGAGGCCCCACGCCAUCUUGCAAUCCAUAACUCGCACAAACAACAGUGAAGUGUUGGUUUGGCUAUGAAGUUUACGUAACCUCUCUCACAAUAGAAGAUGCUUUCCCUAGCUCACUAGAAACCACUUAACAACACACUGGCCAACUGGAACUAAGGUCAACAACCCGAAAAACAAAGAAGUACAGAAAAGAACAAAAUCAACCCUCAAUUUUGCUGCUAAUUAUCCCAUAAAUCUAAAAAUGGUGUAACAAAAUCGCCCUCUGUUAUUUCAACAUCAGAAAACAUGCCUUUCUUUCUUUCUUUCUUUGUUUCUUUCUUUUUUUUUGGGUGGGUGGGUUUGUUUUGUUUGUUUGAAUUUUAAUAAAACUGUGAGGAUUGAGCUGUUUGCAAUAUGCUUUUCUGCUUGUCAUUUAAAGAAAAGGUGAUUGAUUAGCCAAAAUUGCCAUUUUGUCUGAGAUUUUAGUAAAGACUUGAAAAGCCAGAGGAUGUGUGCGUCCAGCCAGCACUGUACUGAAGGAGUCUAGCAAAUAUCAAAUUAGAAUAAAUGCGUGAUAUAUGUGAUAUAUUUUUGUAUAUAAAAAAAAAAAAAGUUGAAUCUUUCAUUUGACAUUUCUUUCUUUUUGCAAUAGCUAUAGUUUGAAAUGUAAACAUUAAAUGUCUUAAGGCAGCUUCUCAGUACAGAAGAUAGAUUUACUGUGUGUUGUCAAUAUCUCAUCUGCUAAACAUGAGAAACAUGGAUUUGGAUACAAAAAGGGGAUUUCUGUAAAAUAUCCUAUAAAUAAUGUAUUUAUCCCUUGUAUUUGUACAUUGCCUCUCACCUUCGUUUAGUUGUGUUGUGUAAGUUUAAUACAGUAAGUGAACAUAUUUCACCGUGUUUUGUUUCAUUAUUUACUGUUGUCUCUUACUAUUUAAAUGUGACUUUUUUUUUUUUUAUCUUUUUGGUUUUGUAUGUACGGUAUACCAUGCCUUCAUUUGUUGAUUCAAAAACAUGCCAUUGUCUAUUUUUGUAUUAUUUGUAAGUUAAUAAAACAUUUCUGUUUUUUUUCCUUAUAAAAUGUUUAUUGUAUGGCAAAAAGUAGCAUCUUAUUCAGAGUAUUUGGUUGAAGUAGAUUUUUUAAGAAUAUAUACACAUUAAUAUAUACUGUAAAUCUAUAUCUUUUUUGUUUGAACUCCUUGAGGCUUUCAGAUUGAUACUGUUCUUGAACUGAUAAUAUGCAUGGGUUCUUCUCUUGAGUGACACUUUUCUUUUGUGUGUGUGUGGAAACCAAGAGAACUAAGAAAUUGCUCUGUAUUUUUUCUUUCUUUGUGUUCCUCGUUUUCCCCUCUGUUCUUUCUUUUCCUCUGUUAUUUAUGCCUGCUUACAUACUGUAUCUAUAUACUCGUUCUUUUUUUUCUGUCACUGUAAUCUUUACCAGCAGUCUAGAUGCCUUAACAAUGCAAACCCAUUCUUCAUUCAAUCACGUGUACAGUUUUCUACCCUCACCACAAUUGUCUAUUGCCACAGAGGAAUUCAUGGGAACUUGGGGACAAAGCACAAACCCACUCUGUUUGGUGGUGAAGCCAGACUAGAAUACAAAGAGCCAUAAUUCAACAAUCACACACACCCCGAUGUACUAUAAUACUACAGCAAUGGCACGCUUUGAAGGACAGUUGACGCUGAGAGGUCUGUCUCAGCUGUGCUCAUUGCACUUUAUUGUGUUCGAGGAAACACUUUAUGACUUUUUUGUAGCAAUUAUGUAGCUUAUUUUUCGACUUAAUGAAAAACUUCAGCAGCAUGAUACUAAUAUUUAUCUUCAUUUUCCUCACAAUCAGCGCAACAGUUGACAACACAAAGCUGUUAAGUUGUAGUACAAAGGGGCGCACAGUGAAGACAAGCACUGUCACAGCACAAUUUUAAUCUCACACACGGAGCCGUAGUUUUGACUCCGCUAUCUGACAGUCGAUCCCCCCUCCCGUCCUUCCCUCCCUUAUUUAGCCUUUGGACAAUACAGCUUCAUUACAAGCUAAACAGAACAAGAGCAAGAGAGGAAGCAUGAAAGGGAGCUCCUUGGCCCCUCAGCCAUUUCUGUAGUCUUUUCUUUGUGUCUGCCGUGUGUCUUCAAGCUGUUGCUGGACAGAGAAUAGGGCUUUUCUCUCUGCUUUUCUUUUCUAGAGCCUGGUUUUGUUAAGUGGGUAGAAAGGACCGUUUUAACAGAGGCGCCUGCUGACAGACGAGUGUUUUUCAGGCACUUGUGCCUGUGCUGGUCCGGGCCAGGGCGGGAGGGGCUGCACCAUAUCUGUUUCAAAUGAACUACAGAGGUCUGUUGUCAUACAAUGGCUUCUUUGUAAGCAAAGUUCCAUCCUAAUUAUGAAUAUUGGUAAUGGGUGACAAAGUUUUGUAUUUAGGUAACAAACAACAAAAAAAAAAGAUGCAAACCAAAUAGCUGGUGUCUAUUUUUUCCUCUGUUUUGUCUUUGACUGCAAAUACACUGAACAGCUCUAUGAUAUAAGGGAAGAAAAAAAAAUCUACUGUAUAGAUUGUUAUUGUUUUUGAUGAAAACUGAGCUGUAAGAUAACUUUUGGACUCUCACAAUGUUGAAUUAAAGUUACCUCUUGUCUGUGA